UUGUUUUUCAUUGGCCCUAAUCCUCUUCCGUACGCAAAUAAGGGGUUAACGCAGCAUUUGCUUGCGCUUUCCCGGAACAAGUGGAAUCUGGAAAGUCCUCCUCGGUCAACAGACGUCACCCACCACUUGAUCGAAGUAUACUGUAUUCCAUCGACUUAAUCUACACGAAGAAACAAGCAGGAUGUCCGUAACCAUGACCAAGGCUGACGGGGUCGUAAUGCUGACGCUCACCAGCAACCCCAAAAGUAGCUGGCCGCCCCUGUGCCAAAUAUUGGGGGGCCUGUGCUAUAGCCCCGUGUGCUGCUCGGUGUCGCGGCACCUGAGGACCAUCAUGGGGACCUCUCAUUCCGUACUGGGGGCGCUGCACAUAAUGGUGGGCUUGCUCAACAUAGGCCUGGGGGCCAUCCUCAUGUCCCUGGGGCCCGCCUCCAGCUGGCAAAUGGACUCAUCUGCCUUCCCUCAUUGGUUGGGAGCACUGUUCAUCCUCUUCGGCACCAUCAGCAUUUUCUCUGAGAAGUUCCCCAGUCCGUGUCUGGUGUUGCUCAACGCCCUUCUGAAUUUAUCAGGAAUCGGCUUCGCCAUCGCUGGCAUCGUCCUUUACGCAAUCAACGCGUCCCAAAUAUACCUCUGGGACAUAUGCCGAGAUGAUGACUAUUAUUGGUCCAGACACCACGCCACCACCCUGAGCCCAAGUCCCGCAGAGCAGUACUACCAGAAGCGCUGCUCGGAAGGGAGAUACCUCAUUCUCAUGCUGAUCAAAGCCAUCAAUGGCAUUGCUAUAGUGCUCUGCGUGCUGGAACUCUGCCUGGUUAUCAGUUCCUGUGUACUGGCCUUCAAAUCGCUGUGUCACCCCAGCAGCGGCCAGCAAGACGGCAACCAGCAGCAGAGCCGUGAUGACCCGGAAGGUGGAUUCAAGCCACUCCUGGAGGAAGUCGAGGCCUAACAUGCACCGUAGUCUUUACAUUUGUCUUUUUCAACGUGCACCUUAUAUCUACCGAAUGCACUCGCAUGUCUGGAGUAUAAAAU